CUUUCAUUUCCAUAAUAUCGACAGCUCGUUCGAGCUGGAAAGUCUCGAGCGAUCAAAUACCUAUUCGCCACGCUCACUGAAAAUUCAUCGGGUUGAUCCCGCGUAAUUGGAAACGGCUGGUCUGUUCAUAUUAUAUUGUUUAUCGUUUACUUAAUCAUAUAUAUCCAUAUACUUGGAUCGUCGUCGCGCAUCACGGCUAUACCAGGGAUAUUAGUGAGUGAGUGAUCACUCCUAAUUCUUACAUCUUAAGGAUGAGGGUAUCGCGGUCAACGUUACUCCUAUCCGCGCUGAGCUCCUUGUCGCUCGUUCAGGCCGGCACAUUUCGCUACUAUGACCAACCUGUGAAGAGAGGGUUGAUAGAUCAGCUGCUCGACGGUCUCGGCGGUCUCGGUGGCGGUAGUAAUGGUGAUGACAACGGAAAGGGCCAUAAAGGCAAAGGGCAAAAUGGCGCCGUCACCGUCACUGAGACAGUGAGGCAGACGAUCACGGUAGGAGCCGCAGCAGUAGGCGGAUUUAACGGCACAGCGGCUGUCACCCGAACGGUAACAGUCACCGAGACUGCCGCCGCCGCUGGUGGGAUCGGGAACGCCAACGGAGCUCAACUGUCGUUCGUCACAACGACCGUCUACAAUACCGGCGCUGCGCCCACGGUAACAGAGACGGCCCUCGCCUCGACAGUAACGCAAAUAACCACUGAGACCGCCCUAGCAGCUCCCGCGGCGACGGUGACGGAGGUAUCUACCAUCAUGCAGCCCGUAACGCAGGCCACGACCGUCACCCAAGUAUCGACGGUAACCAUGAUGCAAAUGAUCGCAUGCGGUACGUCCGUUGGCGCUCCGGUUCCGGCAGACCAGGCUUCAGCCAUCGCAUCGUCUGCCGCACAGGCAGCUUCUUCGGCUGCUGCCGCCGUCCCGACAUCGUCAGCGGCUCCGGCGAUAUCCGCUAGCGUUACGGUAACCGUCACGGAGACUUCCCAGUGCCCCGUCGUGUCUACUUCAUCUGCUGCCGCCUCACCAUCGACGUCAGCAGCAGCAGCGGCGACUUCGACCGUAGCAACGUCAAGCGCCGCGGCCGAAACUACGUCGUCCGUAUCUUCCGCGCCGCCCACGUCUUCGUCCUCGUCUUCCUCGGCUUCCAGCUCAAGCGUAGCGGUCGUCUCCCCCAGCACUACUACCGCCGACUCCACGCUUCAACUCCCCGAAGUCGCUCCAUCAACGGCGACCCCAACCUCAACAGUCAAAGUCGUCACGACCCCCCUCGCAGCGCAAUCUUCCCUCGCUCUCCCCGUCGAGACCCCGGCCGCCGCCAACAACGCCGGCAGCAACGUGACCCCCGCCGUCCCCGCCAUUACCGCCACGACUUUCGCCGGUGCUAAUGAGGGUCCGUCGAUCGAUCUAAACGGCGUCACGCUGACAAACAUUCUGACGCUGGGUGCCCUCGGCCGUGUCUAGGUGCAAAAGAUCGCAGGGGAGGACAGCUGAGGUUGUACGGAUAGAAAAAGGGAAAGGAAAUACCCCUCUGCAGCAGAUCCGCCGGUUUUAUUUUGCUCGGAUUUGCAGGCUGUAAAAUAAUUAUCAUCAUUAUCAUUAUCAUUUUCAUCAUCAACGUCGUUAUCGUCAUCACCACUAGUACCAUUCCCUUCCACGCUUCCAUUUCUCCUUUUCAUAUUCUAAUAUACGCACACGGAUGUGAUUCAAGUAACCCCCUUUUUUGGCUGGUAUGGAGAAAUGA